GUCACUUCCUGUCCUCCCUGUAAACCCACGUGGAGACCCCUAUCUACUUCCUUUUUCCACCAUGGGUUUACAGAACAAGCCCAUCGUCAUUGAUGCCAGGGGCCAUUUAUUAGGCCGACUGGCAGCCCUUGUUGCAAAGACCAUUUUACAAGGACAAAGAGUUGUUGUUUUGAGAUGUGAAGGUAUCAAUAUCUCUGGAAACUUCUACAGGAACAAGCUGAAGGUAUUGAAGUACCUGAAGCUGAGGUGCAAUGUCAAGCCAACGAGAGGACCUUUCCAUUUCAGGGCACCAAGUAAAAUGUUUUACAAGGCAGUGAAAGGUAUGUUACCACACAAACUUGCAAGAGGAAAGGAAGCCCUAAGCAGACUGAAGGUGUUUGAGGGUGUUCCUGCCCCCUAUGACAAACAGAAGAGGAUGGUUGUUCCCUCCGCUUUGAAAGUCCUAAGGAUCCACCCAGGCAGAAAGUUUUGUGACUUAAACCGUCUAGCCCAUGAAGUUGGAUGGAAGUACCAGACGGUGAUUGCAACCCUUGAGGCUAGGAGGAAGGUCAAAUCUAAGCAUUUCUACCAAAAGAAGAAAGAAGCUGCAGUGUUGAGAGCCAAGGCCACGAAGAAUGUGGCAUCCAAAAUUGCACCAUACCAGAAAGUGAUUGAGGCCUACGGUUUCAGUUAAACUGUGUAUUAUAGAGUAAAUAAAGCCUGUGGACAGUGA